AUGGCUUCUUCCCCGCCAACCGCCACAUUGACCCCGCGAACAUGGACGCGAGACAACAGCCCAUUUUUCAUCUCAAACGACCCGAAGUUGAUAUCAGUAAAGGCUGUGAAUGAAGCAUUUGGUCAAGAUUUCCUCUACUGGACCAAGCCAUUCCCCGAGGAUGUUCUUCACCAAAUGCUUCAUGGCUCUAUGAGCUUCGGCGUGUACAGACGGCUCCAACCACAACAAUCGCAGACAGAGCCUUUUACCUUGACCACCGAAAAUACAGAGCAGAUUGGACUUGCACGAAUGAUCACGGAUGGGGCUUCCUUUGGAUAUCUUUCGGACACCUAUGUUCUUCCUGAAUACCAGGGACACGGACUGGGGAGGUGGCUUAUCGACUGUGUUGCGGAGGUCUUUUCAAAAGAGAGCAUGCCGUAUAUACGCCGAAUCAUGCUACUCACUAGUGAAGAGCGGCUGCAAGAGUUCUACGGUCAGGUGUUAGGUAUGAAGGUAGUCGGACAUGAGGAACGGCCGGAUAUUGGGAAAAUUUUGGUCUACAUGAAUGCGAGACCUGCUUCUCGGCCGGCGUCUGAUUGA